UCUGCAUAAGGCCGAUGUGAAGUUAGGCAGGGUCCCUUCCCCCCCUGUAGAUGAGAACGUGUAGUUUCGGUGCCUCUCAGCCCCCCCCCCUGCUGGGGGUAGAACAAUGGCCCAGGACUUUCGGCAGGAAAAAAGGGGGCGGGCUGGAGGGCCGGGCCAGGGGGCUGUAAGCCAGGAAGGGGUUCUUAAGGAGAGGCAAAGUGGCAGCAAGACAGAUAACUUUGUUUUUUCUUUCUAGAACACUUACCUGAAGCUGCACUGAAGCGUCGCUGGAAGAUGGAAGUGAAGAGGGGAAGAAUCGGUGCGCCAAGAAGGAGGGUCCUGCGUCCUCAGAGGUUCCGCGAAGAAGGUGAGGCAGCUUCGGUCAUCAGCUCCGGAGCCAAGAGGAAGGUAACGUUCUCUCCCCAGGGAAGAAGCCCCUGCAGGAUACGCAGAAGGGAGGACGGCAUCAUCGCUGGAGGGGAAGGUAGGAGCAGCCGGCAAGAAGACGUCGAAGGCAGGUCGGAAGAAGACGGCAGAGGCGCAGACCAGGAAGUGCGUGAGUCAUUGCGAGACUUCAGUGACGUCACUGCGGCUGGAGGUAAGCUGGAGGUAAGGAAGCCGAGUCGGAUCACACCGCCGAGAGUCCGGUAAGAGGCAGCAGGCUUGGGGGCAGCAGGCUUGGGGGCUCAAAUCCUGGGACACACCAGGGGCGCCACAGGGACCCCACCCCCACCAACCAAACCCCUAGGGGCAGCAGAGCCCCUAGGCAACCAGGCCCAGCAGCGGGAAGGGGGGAAGUGGAGGGGGGGUAGGCCCUCAGGGGGGAAACCACGCGGGGGGGCCAGACUCGCCCCAGAGCAGGCCCCUCCGCUUCACCAGCCCACAUUGAGUUCCCCAGUGGGGGAGGGAACAGGGACAGAGACCCCUACGGCUCAGACGAAGGAGAAUGGGGGAUGGAGGCAGAGUCCACCCCAACUAGGCCCUCGUACAGGCCCACAGGCCCAUUUACCCAGGGGGGAAGGGGGGAGAGUUCCAGGCACAGGGGAACAGGGGGACACAGGCUUCCCCAACCACCAAGCCAGAGGUCCCAGCCCCAUUUGUACAGGGGUGACAAUUUCGAUAACUGGGAAGAGGAGGAGGAUUCUUGCUAUGUCGUCGACGAAUAUGAUUAUGAGGAUGAUGUGGAAUUUUUUCCUGCAAGCAGGCAGUGGCAUAACCAAAGGAGACCUGUGAGGGAUCUGCAUUGGGAAGACACAGGUCAUAGUACUAAUCGUGUGCCGAGUUUCUAUUUUAGGAAUAGAGAAGAAGAAGAGAGUUGGUUGCAAUGGAGAAGGGAGAGAGAACAGAGGCAAGAAAGGGAAGCAGAACCUUCAAGAUGGCAAAGAAGAAAAGAGAGGCCAUCAUCCAGUGCAGCUGGGCAGUCAGAACGAAAUGGUGAUGCGGUUCCUGGUCCAAUCGCUAAAGUAUCUACACGAGAGGCUACUAUGGCAAAAGUUAAGACUACUUGCAACAUUUUGAUCAUAGGCCACUCAUUCAUUUUUUGGGCAAGAGAACAUACAGCAGGCAAGCAGUUGGGGUUACCAGAGGAACACAUGAAGAUUGCAUGGCAGGGUUGGAGAGGUAUGAAGUGGGAACAAAUGAGAGGUAGGUUGCAUAGCACAAUACAAAAGUACAAUUUCAUACAUUUGGUGAUAGUACACGCAGGGGGAAAUGACCUUACGUCAAGAAAGACCCCGGCAUUAAUAGAGGACAUGAGGAAGGACCUUGAAGAAUUAAUGGCAGACAGCAAGGUAGGGGGCGUGGCUUGGUCAGACAUUAUACAGAGAGGCGAAUGGCGCGGAGCCAUUUCCCCCCAGGGCAUUGAGAAAGCCAGGAAAAAAGUAAACAGGGACAUGCACAAACUCAUGUGUUCCUCUGGUAAUGGGGUAAUUAGACAUGACAAUAUAAGGUAUCGGCAAACCCAGCUUUUCAGAAAGGAUAAAGUACAUUUGACGGAGGAAGGUUUGGAUUUGUUCUGGGCAAAUAUCAGGAACUUUAUAGCGGAAUCGUGGAGGUCGCGGUAGGAUUAGGUGGGCCAUGGAAAAAGGAUAGGUAGCACCCUUCCCUCUCUUUUCCAUUGGGUGGCGUCAGUGCGGCUCCAGGAAGAUGGAUGGUUUUCAGUGAAGUGCAGGCCUAUCCUUGGGAAGUCACGAGUGUGGAGCAGACUUUGACUGCACGGUCUUGUCUGAGUCAUGCGAGAGGCUGGGUUAGCGCCAGUAUUGCACAUGAUGGGGGAGCAGGAGGAUGGGCUACUCGUUGGUCAACAGAGGGCGCUCUGCCCCAUGAUCCCUGCUCCCUUAAAACGUUUGGUUACGGUAUGGGCAGCAGUCCCAUGUUCUUCACGAGUAUAGGAGCCGCAGCUGGUGGUCAGGGUGUACCUAGUCCUUUUAAUAUAAAAUUGUUAAAUAAAAAAUGUGACCUCCACAGAUUUUGCCACCAUAACAAGUCUCUGUGUUUUUAUUAGGUCGGUGGUAAACACAAUCGAAAGGGGGUAGGGGGAUCCUUUUGCCUAGGGGGAACGAGGCCUGCAUAAGGCCGACGUGAAGUUAGGCAGGGUCCCUUCCCCCCCUGUAGAUGAGAACGUGUAGUUUCGGUCCCUCUCAGCCCCCCCCCUGCUGGGGGUAGAACAAUGGCCCAGGACUUUCGGCGGGAAAAAAGGGGACGGGCUGGAGGGCCGGGCCAGGGGGCUGUAAACCAGGAAGGGGUUCUUAAGGAGAGGCAAAGUGGCAGCAAGACAGAUAACUUUGUUUUUUCUUUCUCCCACCCUCCCAGCCCAGGUCAAUAGAAAGAAGUAUACGAAAGACGCUGCUCCAGGGUUCUCGCAACCGAUCGCCUUGAAGGGGUCAGGAAGGAAUUUUUUCAUCAGGCUGCUAAUUGGCUGAAAGCACCUGAGUUUUUUGCCUUCCUCUGGGGUACCAUUAUCUGUGUUGGUCAAAUAGGUACUCCCAUGACACAACUGCGGCUCCUAGGUUUUGGCGUCAGUGCGGCUCCAGGAAGAUGGAUGUUUUUCAGAGAAGUGCAGGCCUAUCCUUGGGAAGUCACGAGUGUGGAGCAGACUUUGACUGCACGGUCUUGUCUGAGUCAUGCGAGAGGCUGGGUUAGCGCCAGUAUUGCACAUGAUGGGGGAGCAGGAGGAUGGGCUUCUCGUUGGUCAACAGAGGGCGCUCUGCCCCAUGAUCCCUGCUCCCUUAAAACGUUUGGUUACGGUAUGGGCAGCAGUCCCAUGUUCUUCACGAGUAUAGGAGCCGCAGCUGGUGGUCAGGGUGUACCUAGUCCUUUAAAUAUAAAAUUGUUAAAUAAAAAAUGUGACCUCCACAGAUUUUGCCACCAUAACAA